CAAUCCGGAGCGAUGAAAGAAAUUCAAAUUCCCAGGAAAAACUUUGCGCGCUCAUCUGAUCCUGCGACGAAGAGAGUCAUCAAGGAUCCUGAGCUUAAGAAUCGAAAGUCUGCGGAGAAGAAACAGAGCGCAACCGUCUCCGACCUAUCGGUGAAAGUCACGAAGGAACCAGCUGAUUUUGAUCCGAUCUAUUUCGCGAUCUCCGAUUACGAAGCCGAGAGUUUUCUGCAAGGAUCGAGCGUAGACCUGUUACCAACGCCAGAGGUUUGCGACGAAUCUCCGGUUUCUUCGACCGUUACUCAUAAGGCUUUUCGCAUCAUCGACGCGAUUCCCGCGGACUUGCCUGCUUCUGUGCAGUCCUUGCGCGCCGAGAUCGGUGACCUGAAGAAAACGAUCUAUUCAGUUAAGAGUUCUGAAGAAAGUAACUGCAUCGAUGGAGGAGCUGUUACUCUCAAAUUCCGCCUUGUGAUUUUUGCUUUCAUCCUUUGGGCUCUAUUUGCUGCGGUUGUUGUCUCCGUCGGCUCAGGAGAGGAGGUUGCUUACUCUGGACCACUUCCAACUUGAAGGAUUCAGCUCAACCUUCCUGUGAAAAGUUAUAUUAAGCCAGACAAAUCCUAUGCAGAGUCCAGCCUGUGAAGCUUUUUGGGUAAUUGCUUGAUUUGAUAUUUCUUCAUGAAUCAUUAGGAUAAACUCUUGGAGGUGUUAGGUUAGGUUUCUUCUCCAUUAUGGAUAAUGAUACAAAGUAUUUAAAGAAAAAAGUGAAUGACAGAAUUAUCCAGACUGUGUUUGGUUUUUCUACAGGAGAUUAGAGUAGUAGCUAGGCCAAUAAACAUCAGAGGAAAAACAAAAAGUAAUAUAUGCCAUGU